CCGCCCCCGUUCAUUGGCUGCUGCCUCGGGGUCGUGGCGGUCUGACCGGGAGCGCAGCCGGGUCGCUGCGCAUGCGCACUGGCGGCGGCGCGGGCUGGAGCGUCUCUGGGAGUCCAAGCCAACGGUUUGGAGGGAGAACGAGGCCGCCUCGAACCCCAAGGCCGGCGCGCGAGCGGCCGCUUCAUCCGCGGCGGAGACGGCGGCGCCAGCUCCGCCGGGGGGAGGGGAGCGCAGCGCGGGAGGGAGCCCCACGCACAAAAUGGCGAAUAAAGAGAUGUUCGAGGACACCGUGGAGGAGCGUGUCAUCAACGAAGAGUACAAAAUCUGGAAGAAGAACACCCCUUUCCUGUAUGACCUGGUGAUGACCCACGCGCUCGAGUGGCCCAGCCUCACCGUGCAGUGGCUGCCUGAUGUAACGAGGCCUGAAGGAAAGGAUUAUGCCCUUCAUUGGCUAGUGUUGGGAACACAUACCUCUGAUGAGCAGAACCAUUUGGUUGUUGCAAGGGUCCAGAUUCCUAAUGAUGAUGCUCAGUUUGAUGCUUCUCACUAUGAUAGUGAGAAGGGAGAAUUUGGCGGCUUUGGAUCUGUAACUGGUAAAAUUGAAACUGAAAUUAAAAUUAACCAUGAAGGUGAAGUAAAUCGUGCUCGCUACAUGCCCCAGAACCCCUGCAUCAUCGCUACAAAAACUCCUUCCUCUGAUGUGCUGGUUUUUGAUUACACCAAACAUCCAUCUAAACCGGACCCAAGUGGAGAAUGUAAUCCUGACCUUAGGCUAAGAGGACAUCAAAAAGAAGGCUAUGGUUUAUCAUGGAAUUCCAAUUUGAGUGGACAUCUUCUCAGUGCAUCUGAUGAUCAUACUGUUUGUCUGUGGGAUAUAAGUGCAGGACCAAAAGAAGGCAAAGUUGUUGAUGCUAAAGCAAUCUUUACUGGACAUUCUGCAGUAGUAGAAGAUGUGGCAUGGCAUCUGCUUCAUGAAUCUUUAUUUGGAUCAGUUGCUGAUGAUCAGAAGCUUAUGAUUUGGGACACGAGGUCCAAUACUACAUCCAAGCCAAGUCAUUCUGUAGAUGCCCAUACAGCCGAGGUCAACUGCCUGUCCUUCAAUCCCUACAGCGAGUUCAUUCUAGCAACUGGUUCUGCUGACAAGACUGUGGCUUUGUGGGAUCUACGAAACCUUAAAUUAAAACUUCAUUCUUUUGAGUCUCAUAAGGAUGAAAUCUUUCAGGUUCACUGGUCUCCUCAUAAUGAAACAAUUCUUGCUUCAAGUGGGACUGAUCGUCGGUUAAAUGUAUGGGAUCUAAGUAAAAUUGGAGAAGAGCAAUCUGCAGAGGAUGCAGAAGAUGGGCCUCCUGAACUUUUGUUUAUUCAUGGAGGACACACUGCAAAGAUUUCAGAUUUUAGUUGGAACCCUAACGAACCCUGGGUAAUCUGCUCUGUAUCUGAGGACAACAUAAUGCAAAUAUGGCAAAUGGCUGAAAACAUUUACAAUGAUGAAGAACCAGAUAUAGCAGCAUCAGAACUGGAGGGUCAAGGAACAUAACUUUCUCCUUAGGAAAAGGAAGACAAGAAUGUUGGGUGUUUGUGAAGUGGCUGACAUUCAUAUAAAUUAUGUUAUUGUUUGUUUUGGUUUUUUUUGACUACUAUAUACAUUCAAAAUAUUCUCAGUUGAAUGUAAUGCUUAUACCAAUGCUUGAUUUUUAUCAAGCACAAAGCUUGUAUAGUUGAAUUUAAUGGGAUAUCCCUGAUUUUUUUUUUUUUUUUUUUUUUUGGCACCUUGAAGUGAGCUAUAGCAAACUGUACAGCAUUUAGGUAUUGGGGAAAAUAAGUGACUGAAUACCAUUGUCUAUUUUUAAAACAAGCUUGCAGAUUCCUGUAAAUGAUUAGACAACUCAAAAUCCUCACUUUUCCUAGACUAAAUGCAUAAAUGUUUUUAUCAUAUGUAAAAUGAGCUUUUCACUUUUACAGAACACUUCCUGAUUGGCUUUGCAUAAAUAAACUUUUUUGAAGAAAA